AUGGGAAUUUUAGAACUUUAUGUAAAAUGUAAUUUGAAAAAUCAAGAUAGUGAAGUUAGAAGAGCAAAUAAGAGGCUGCAGAAGAAUUUUAGUAACAUGUUGGGUGAAUGGAAGAUGGACAGAUUUAAUUUCACAGCUGAUUUGAAUGAUAUGAUCUCCAAUCACAAGGGAAUUUUCAUGACUGAGUUUGAGAUUUCGAGUCCUGGCUUCUACAGUUACGGAGGUAUCACUCAACGCUCAGAGUUUGUGUUAUUCACUCAUUGUGGGUUUCCUCUAACUUUCAGAAAUCAGUACUCAACUUAUUUAGAACUAGAUCAUUGCUGUUGUGAUGUUACGGAAAUUUGUGGUUUCAGAAAUAUUUGUAACAAGCGGUUUGAUAGAGGAGGUGAAGAAGAAUUGUUUCGUCAUGCACUCUCAUACUCUGGGCACAAUGGGACUCAAAAUAUGGGCACACAAUUUUCUGAAAGAGCUUUUAAUGGAAUAUUAAUGACAUUAUUCCAUCAUGCUGAAAAUUACUUUGGAGGUUAUGAUUCACAAGAAGGUUUCGAACAGGAGAAAAUACUGGGAACAAUGCUAUACGAAAUUUUAAAUUGCUCACUUGUUGCCUCAGAUAAUGGUAAGAGCUUCUUUGCUGAGAAAUUUCAAGAGGAGGAUGACUUUGAAGGUUUACCUUUUUACUCUAGGAACCGUUACUGA